AAAACAUUAUUUUAACGAACGCUGCGAACACGUAAGCCUGGAUACUGCCAAAGUUACAACAAAGUGAAAGAUUUUUAGCUUAGAGAGGACAUUCAAAACGAAGAAAUUUAACAUGGAUUCAGAUUACGAGGACUCUGAUAUUGAAGAAGGAUGCGAUUCAGACUUGUGCGAAGGAUUCGAGGUGUGUUGUAGAAGAGGAUCCGUGCCGUCGGUGCUGCCUUUCGAUAUCAAUUCGCUGGAAGGGAUCAUAUUGAAGCUCAUAGACCAAUUUGACUUUCGAGUCGUUCUACAGGAUAAUAAAAUAAAGAGUGCCAUACUCGUGACCUCUGGGCUGACUUUGGCAGGAUCCUUGAUUGGCAAACAUUUUGGCGGCAAAAUUGGUGCGGCGGUUGGCGGGGCUGUCGGAGGCAUAUGCGGCAUUGGAUUAGUUGUUGUAUCGAUGAGAGACAUAUGGAAAGAUAUAAGGGAGAAACUCGGCGCAGUUUUCGACAUCGUCUACGAUUACUUAGCUGGCCUAGGUAUUGAUGACUACAAAAUGGCUGCAAAGUUCCUUAUGUCGAAUAGCGCGGACAGUUCCCAGCUAGCCCUAGUUAUAAUGCAAGUUACCUCGGAAAUUCUAGGCAAAAAAGUACUUUCAAGCCUAGCAACAGCAUGAAAAUUGUUUCAAAAUAAAUUAAUAAUGACUAUGA